AUGCACGCCACGCUUCUGCGCACUGCGAUAUCCACGGUGGUGCCGCCUCCAAAGGUCUCGUCGCUGUACCGGUUUCUUCGCGAAGGUGCGGCGCAGGGCGUACUAGAUGCAGACGACGCUGCGAAGAUGGCGAGUGAGCCACUGCCCAGCUUGCUGCCAAAAGGGUCCUCGACGGAGGGCCACACCUUGCUCUCAUCGCUGCCUGUGGGCGUGUUUGAAGGCCUGAACCGACAUGUCUGGGUAGACAGUAAGCGCAGCUUCUGCCACCUCUGCCAGGAGACGGUGGGUAACGCCGCAUUCCACAGCAGCGACCGCGAUCACACCAGCAUGCUCUUUUUCCUGCUGCUCUACACGGCAUACCCGAGACACGACUUGUUGACGGAGGCGGCGCAAGCCCCGACUGCAGGAGAGAGGGCGGCCGUCGUCGUGGCAGAUGGGAGCUGCGCCUCGCAAUCGUCUCCGCCAGCCGAACACAGCAGAGCCGCGGGUGUGCCUCAGCCGAAAUCUGUCUCGAGAAACAAGGUCAGCCCGCUGUUCACCCCUCAGCAUGUCCUCAGCGGGGCGAAACGGCACUUUCCAUCUCUCUUCCGCUACGUCACGGACUGUCGCACCACGGACCGCCUACACGUCGUCGACGAUGCUGUGCGCCGUGCCGAACUCGAGGCACUCUUGCUGUACCUGGCGCACCCACCACACCAGGCGCUGUCGCACGUUCUGCAAGGUCAAAGCCCGAAUGGCUUCUGGUACAACGGGGAGCGCAUGUGGAAGGCGCACAUCAGCCGCAUUGUCGCCCAACUGUACCCACCCAUGUCGGCUGGCAUGAUGACUAACUUCACCCAGAAGUGCUGGGGCCGCAGUAACGGGGAGCGGCUGUAUGACGCACUCUGCCUGCACCGCAUCAAGGCCUACCACGGCUGGGGUCCCUUCGAGAGCAAGGAGCGCAAGGCCUUCUUUCUAAGGCAUCUAAUCUGGGAGCUGCUCUGUGUCGAGGUCCGCGACGAGGUCUCGGAGGAGGCGAAACUGUUGACAUCGCUGGCUCUUCGGCGGCUUGCGUUCGAGAUGGUGUUCCUGCAGUCGAUGGACUACAUGGAUCGAGUGCAGCGUGUGCACGAGCUGCUGGGCAGCCCCUCACUGGAGGAGCUCAAAAACCUUAACGUGCUCUGA